GUCGAGAGAAACAGAAAUCCUCGGCCUCGAUUGAAUGCAACAAUUUCGCAACAAACAAAAUUGGGUUUCACACGUUGGCUCCUCACAACACUAUAUUUGCUCGAAGACGACCACGUAACCACCAAAACUAGAUCAAUUAGCCAUUUGCACCCAAAAUCCUGCUUCCAACUUCAAUCCAAUGACACAUGCGAUUUUCCAUUCAUUUGCAUGCCUAAACCCUUACGUGGUAGCUCAACCAAAACUCACAAAGCUCCACCAUUACUGUACUUCCACAAGCUUCAAAACCCUACAACAGAGUCCCACUCUCCACGUUCCCUACAUGCACCAACCCCCCAUCCCCUAUAAAUACGUACCACCUUCACCACUCACUUAUUCACUCAACUCCUUCAAUACACUCCUUUUUACUUCAUAGAACUCUUAAACAAUGGCGAGACUCACAAGCAUCAUUGCCCUCUUGGCGUUGGCUUUGGUGAUUGCAGAUGCACACCGCACCACCAUCACCACCGUCGAAGUGGACGAAGAAAACCCAAGGGGGAUGGAGAGGUGCCGCCAGAUGAGGGCGCGCGAGGAGAUCGGCAGCUGCGGGGAGUACCUGUCGCAGCAGAGCAGGUAUGUUUUGCAGAUGCGUGGAAUCGACAACCAAAGGAGGAGAGGAGGACAGGCCUUCGAUGAGUGCUGUCGUGAGCUCAUGAAUGUUGAAGAGGAGUGCAGGUGCGAACUCUUGCAGGAGAUCGCGAUGGAAGAGCAGAGAAGAGCACGAGGCCAAGAAAGAAUGCAGAUGCUUCAGACAGCUAGGAACUUACCAUCCAUGUGCGGUACGCGCCCACAGCAAUGCUACUUCUAAGCGCUUAAGCUAUGCACACCACCUCAAUAAAUAACGGGAGAGCAGUACAUCGUCGUGUGCUUUUUGUCUUAUGUUAAAAUAAAUAAAAGACUAGUGAAUUCGGUCA